UUUGUCAGUCCGUUCAAGGACUGCAUAGCAACAUUCGGGAAGCAGGCCGCCCCUCGAUUCCCCCGCCCCAGGGAUGGCAGAGUCAAUUCGUACAUCAAAUUCAACUGGCCGUCGCGGAGACCGCAGGACGGUCGGUCUUCUUCCGUGUCAGCUGCCGCGCGGCCCGGUGAUGCCGGCGAAGAGGACGAAGUAGAGGAGAUCGUCAGACCUUCAACUCAGUCAUCCUCGACGUUGGCAAAUUCCAGUCGCCAUCCGAAUGACUACGCAAACCAAGCGUCUCACGAAAUCACUUCGCGAUCGUCCAACCCGCUGAAGCGAUCCGAGCGCUCAUGGUCCUUCUCGGACACCUCAUCGCCCCCUGCGCUAUCAGGAUACACUGCCACAUCUCCCUACGCUCGUCCAUGGAGCCAUGGCUGGGGUAGUAGCCACUCCUCCAUGAGUUCUCCCCAGAUGUUACCGACGCAUUUUGGGCUGGUUUCCAGAAUGGAUAAGAUGGAUAGAAAGCUUUGGUCAUUCUAUAUCGGGAAUUGGUGCCCCGGCCGGAGCGUUCUGGGCAAAACAAACCUGUGGCUGCAAGACUUUGCUGCCAUGGAGGGAAGCGAGGGAGUCUUGUGCGCGAUACAAAGCCUCGCCGGCAUUUACGUGUAUGAUUAUCAGCCGAUGGAAGAGAUCAGUAGGCGGAUCAAUCAUCGAUUUGCCCUGGCCGAGGCCCGUCUGAGUCACCUGUUGUCCAGGGCAGAUCUCAGUGUUGACGAAGCCAGCGAGCUGAUCACGAUUGCCUCUAUCCUAUCUAUGCAAGAUAUUGUCCUGACUGAGCGCCGUCGUAAACGGCCUUAUACUCCGCGGUGGCUCGAGGGAUUCAAGCAAAGCGAAUACUUCCUUGAGACCAUUGACGAAGGGUCCCGGUUUUGGUCAAAGUCCAACGUCCAGCUCUCCUCUCUUCGCAUCUCCCAGUCCAUCAUUGUCGGCAGGGCCGUCGUUCUUUCGCAGCUCAUGGCCACGCUACCUCACCCAUCGACCUUUGAUCCCGAGAGGGAAGCUGCUCGCUUUGGCUGGCUUCUCUACGGUAACAUGCAGGAUAUGUAUGAGAUCCACGGCGGAUGCGGCUUUUCAAAGAAACUGCUUCACUCCUUCAGCCAGAUUACAUACUGCUCCGCGCGGCUCUAUCAGGAUCCCGAGAGCUCCGUCAUUCCGCUCACUGCAAAGUUCCUGCUGUCGGAGCUGCUGGACAUGAGGCAAUGGAGUAGUGCGCCCAAUUCAAACCCCUGGGAUGUUGCCAAGACCCAGCCGCAAACUAUUGAAAUGGUCCGCGCCGCUCAGGAGGGCUAUGUCAUUGACAGCGCAAGCUCCAUGACAGAGGUGACUGCUGAAGCUUGGAGAAUUGCAGCCAUUGUCUACUUGCAGUGCCGUGCUUUGAGAAUCCCUCGGAAUCACCCCGAGGUGUUGGCCAACCUCAAUGAUCUUGCCAAAUGCAUCAACAUCAUGCCCACCUCUGGCUACAACUUCACCGCCCAAGCCCCUCUUUUCCCGGUUUUCCUUCUCGGAAUGCUGGCUACCGUCCCUGAGCACGUUGCCGUUGCUCAGAACUGGUUCGAAAGGGUCACCAGUACGCCAGUCAGAAGUAGUGUGCCUCCUCUCUAUGACGCUUUGAAGCGCAUUUGGAUGUGGAUUGAUACAGAGCCCACCUUGAGGCCGCCAGUCAACGGAAGGCUAGAUGAGGAAGUCGGAAAACGGCUUCCAUGGUGGGAACAUCUCGUUCAACGCGUUCAAGAAAAUGAGAUGGAGAUCCUGUGCCUGACCUGA